UUAAAUUUAAAUAUGCCCAUGCGUUCGUCUUUUCCAACUUGGGCGACCCUUUUGGAAGCGCGAUACUUGGGUUAACCCAUCCUAUAGUUGGGUCUGUUUCCAACUGGGGUUCGAAUAUUACUAUGGCAGCUGUCGCAGUGGUGGAGGAUGAAGGCGCACAUACUGAUCACGGCUCCAGAAGUAAGGAUGUGCACACAGUGGAGGUCCGUGCUGGGGACAUCCUGGAGGACUUGUGUCGCCUGUGUGGUGCUCAGGACGGCAGGCUCCUGCACCUGGCAGAUACCUUCUCUAUCCUCGGAGCAACCUCAAAUAUACUACACUUGCUAGAAAGUAUAUCGGUCCUACUUAAAGUUCAGGAUGAUUGUGAAGACCUGAUGCCCAAACACCUCUGCUUGUCCUGUUUUAAUACAGCAAUUGAUAUUCAAGCAUUCAUUGACUCCGGUGUUAACUUUCAGAAAACAACAAUUACUCAGCUGUUUCCAAAUGCAAGAGUAGAAGAAGCAUAUGAAUUGCCAUUUUCUGCAAGUUAUCAAAAUUCCCAAGCAACAAACAGAUCUUUAUCAGAAUAUGCUGAAAAUGGCAUUGGAAGUACAGGAUCAGGACAGGGAAGGUCACAUGAUCUUUUUAGCUGUUAUAAUUCAUUUGAAACCUCAAGUGAACUUGCGAAGCAAAAUUAUGAUCAAGACCAAGAAAUGACAAUUGAGCAAAAUGUAAAUAAUCAUAGACAUAUUAUUGAUAGUUACCAAGAGUCACAAGGAAUAUUUGAAUGCAGUGAAUCUGUCAGUAAGCAAGGUGUUCUUACUUCUUCAGAAAACAGUAUUAAGCCAAACACUUCUAGUCAUCUAAUUGGGACACCUGAUAAGCUUUCCACAGCUUCAGAUGGUAAAUCUCAGAUUAGUUACCAAUGUGAUGCUGCUUUAUUACCCACAGGAAACAAAAUAUCUUUAAAGGAGGAGGAACAUGGAAAAAAUAUUUCACACAGUACCUGUACUAAAAAUGAGAGCCAUAACAGUGCUGUCAGUGGUAAUGGGAAUACAAAUCGUGCCAUAAACACUUGCACAGCAGUUUGUUCUAAGGUAACAACUUCCACCGAUAAUAAAUUGAGAAAGUGUCCAACUUGUGAUAAAACUUUUCCUAGACAGAGUCAGUUAAAAAGCCACCUUACUACUCAUAGUGAAUUUCGGCCAUUUGAGUGUAACAGAUGUUUUCUGAAAUUUAAGUAUCGCAGAAAUCUUGUGGAGCAUUUCAGUAUUCAUGAUGAAAUCCCAUCCUUCAUCUGCUCAGUGUGUGGACUGACAUUUAAACAAAAAAGCAAAUGUAACCCACAUAAGAGACAACCACUUCAAGCUCAAGAAGCCACAAUCCUGCUGAAGCAUGAACGAACCCAUCGGAAAGCAAAUACGACAAGCUUUAAGUGCAAUUUUUGCAGCAAAGAAUAUUCACAAUCUUCGCACUUGAAGACCCACAUUAGAAACAUUCAUGGAGAUAGUGAUGGUUAUGCCUGUACUGAGUGUGAUGUAAGGGUGCUGUGUCAUUCUUCUUUACGACGCCAUAUGUCUACUGUACAUGCAAACUCUGUUAAAUUCACCUGUCAACAUUGUAGUAAAGGUUUUAAUAAUUACCAGAACUAUCAAGGUCAUAUACGUCGACACACUGGAGAGCGCCCUUACUGCUGUGAAACGUGUGGUAAAACUUUCACCACAGCCAAGGCUCUGUGUAGACACCGUCUCAUUCACCAGGGUACCAAAACUCACAAAUGCACACAGUGUGGUAAAGCAUUUCUGGAAUUAUGUGAUCUGAAACGUCAUGUGAAACGCCAUUUGCUGAAACACGUGAGGAAAGGCAACAAAAUGUCUUCGGUCAAGUGUGAAGGGAAUGCAGUUGCCCCAGCAGCAUCGGUGGACCCUGGCAUGAGCUCCAUCAAUCUUAUGGUGCUCACCGAUUCCCUCCUCUUCACCGAGUCUCAGCAGAUACUGGAGAACACCGGCUCGAGAGCUACUGAGGUCAUUUUACCCCAUGAGAAACUGAGCACUUCAAAAGUUGUCAGUAAUGAGCCAGUGAUGAACUCAAAUGAUAUUAUACAGCCUAAUGGGGCUAGCCUGCAGCAGCCAUCUAUGGAUGUGACAAAGGGAUCACAUUUGUUAAGAACAGAAGACGUUCUGGCUUCCUCUGAACUCAUGCCAGCUGAACCAGACAUGGAAGCAGUCUCUCUCUUGGCCAAUACUGCUGUCCUUCAGCCACCAGAAGUUACACAUGGAAUUACUACACCUCACCUUGAUACCUCGCAAGUUUUACAACCAACGAACAUCGAUGUACAGGGUGUAGUAAGUGCAAAUGACACGAGUGGAGUAACUCUGUCUUCACGGGAGUCGUCAGAAUGUACCUCUGCUUCAGAUGCUCCCACUAUGGUUAUGUUGUCAUCUGUUACAACACCAUCUGAGUAUUUACCGGUGUGUGACUCUGAAAACGGGUCUAGCAACCCAGUUAUUGAAGGAGCAAGAUGCCAACAGAGUGAGAGAGUUCUUAGUCAUGCCACUUGGUGAGCAGUUUUACUAACAAAACUUAUAUCUUGAAUGUUUUAAUAUAUCAUUCAUAUCUUUGUAACAACGAAUAUCAGUACUGGUAUUAGUACAAAAUCACCAAAGUAUAUAAAAGUAUAAAAGUUAUAUUGUUAAAAGUUACCCCAUUGUUUCCUACCUGGUGUUUCCUCCCUGGUCCUUGUGUCACCUCCCAAAUCUUCCAUCUUUUCUGUCUUCUGUGCCUUCCUUCACUUCUCAGCUCUUCCUUGUCUUUUGGCCCUCCACAACACCUGUCUGUCUAGGCCAUUGUCCAUAAUAUAUCCAGCCAUCUUCAUAUUGUCCGCUCUAAUUCUCCCCCCUUCUGUGGAGGCUGUCACCCAAUACAUUGCUACUGGUACACCUGUCUCUCAAUCAGAAAUGUAAACCGGACUCCUCCUCCUCCCCAGCAGGUAAGAAGGCAUUGAUACAUCCCUCACCUUCUGCCUCUGUUUCUGUCCCUGCAUCUCCUCCCAUUUCAGUGGCAGAGUUGCCUGUCUCAGCUAUGGAGAUUCCCUUGGCCCCUGAUUCUCUCUUAGGUCAUGUCCUUGAUCAAGUGCACUUCCCUGUUUCUGUCCUUCCUCACCCCAAUUCCCUUGACUGCCCCUCUCCUGACGCCUUCUCCCACUCCAGACUCUUGUCAGUUCACCUCUGGCCCAUCCUACCACCCUCUUGACUCAAUCAUCUUUGCUAGCUUUACCUGUUCCUCUUAACUCUGAUUACACUGAACCUGAUCCUAUCUAGUAUUCUUCUUUGCAUUUGUUUUCCCUUGUUGUCUCCAUUUUUGACCAUCUAUUUUUCAAUGAAAUAUUCUUGCUUUUUAUGCCAAGCUCCCAGGAACUCUUAACUUCUGAUCACACAGUUUUCACUACUUUGUGUACAUCACCAGGAGCCGAUGCUUGGCACUCGUCCUGGUUGUUUAUGUGGUUAUUCUUUUCCUCUCCUUCCCUCCAGCUUUUGCUGGGAUUCAACUGAAAUCUUUACAGGUGCUGAGACUUCCACCUGAAGCUCAAUUAGGAUUUCAUGUAUUGCCUGCAUGCACUUUGGCUGUGGUAGAUCUGUUAACUAAAUAAUAAUAAUAAUAUUUAGUUAACAUAUUACAGCAUUCUGCAUUUUUUGGUCUCGGAUAUUCAAACGACAUUUGCCACUUGAAAAUUUGUCACUCAAUUAUGCAACAUACCAUUUGCAGUAACCUUGUUCGGCCCUCUUGCAGAAUAAUAAGACAUGCUACUGGUCAAUAUAAGAUGAAUACAAAUAAUUUUACUAGUAUUACUCCCCUUUUCCAAAACCAUUUAAAUAAGAUUCAGAUCAAUGUUAUGUUGUAGAAAGUAUUCCAAUGCUGAAAUGUCCCCUCAAUAAUUUUAAUCAUCACUGCAUACAAUUAAUUUUGGUAGAAAUUUGUACAACAUAAAUACAGCAUUCUCAUUGU